UUGUCAAAAUCCAAAAGCCAGUGGCUGUAUUUUUCUACCUCAAAAUAUCGAAGUCUCUGUUCAAAUCUCUGUUAUUUCCAAAAAAUGUCCAAUAAUGCAAACUCGCCCCCUGGAAAAAGUGAUGGCGAAGAACAAAAUAAAUCGCCUGUCCCGCCAAAUCCAAUUGAGUCUCUUGCCUCUAGGAUUGGGGACUUGGAUGUGAAUUCUAUUAGAAGAUGUCUGGUAGAAAAACUCGGGCUUGAACCAACCGAGGCCUCAACUUCAGUUGAAAAAGUUUUGGAUGAUGUAAGUUUAGAUGGGAUUGUAAAGUGGAUAAAAAGUGUACGAUGCCAGAAUAUUAUUACAAUGUCUGGAGCUGGUAUUUCAACAUCUGCUGGCAUACCAGAUUUUAGAAGUCCUGAGACUGGAUUAUACCAUAAUUUACAGAAGUACAAUUUGCCUGAACCACAAGCAAUAUUCGAAAUAAACUUUUUCAGACAAAACCCACAACCAUUCUACACACUUGCAAAGGAACUUUUUCCUGGGAACUUUAAACCAACUAUUUCCCAUUACUUUAUUAGAUUAUUGCAUGAAAAAGGCAUACUACUACGUCACUAUACUCAAAACAUUGACACAUUAGAGAGGGUUGCAGGCAUUCCUGAAGAUAAAAUUGUUGAGGCUCAUGGGACAUUUUACACUUCACAUUGCUUGGAGUGUCGGAAACAAUAUCCUUUAGAAUUUAUUAAAGAACACAUAUUUGCAGAUGAAAUACCAAUUUGCGCAGACUGUCCAGGAGUUGUCAAGCCUGAUAUAGUAUUUUUUGGUGAAAGCCUUCCAGAGCGGUUCCAAGAGUGCCUUCAACAGGACUUCCAUAAGUGUGAUAUGCUGAUCAUUAUGGGAUCAUCACUUGAAGUUCAACCAUUUGCAUCACUUAUUGACAUGGUGCCAGAAUGGGCACCAAGGCUGUUAAUAAACCGUGAGAAGACUGGAGUCAGGUCAUCGUCAUUGCUGGGCAUCCUGCGACAUUUUGGACUGAUGGAUGGAGGAUUGAAAUUGGAUGAAAACUCAUACAGAGAUGUUGCGAGGCUUGGAGACUGUGAUGAUGGCUGUCAGGAUUUAGCGGACAGGCUAGGAUGGGGGGAUGAAUUACGUGAGAUGGUCAAGAGAGAACACGAGAAGCUGGAUCUAGCUGGUGUUGUGACAUCACCUCACCCGCCCCCACCUUCCGACCCUCAACCUGGACCAGAAUCACCACAUAAACUGUGACACCCUGGAUACACCAACCCUCUAAAUAUGUGGACUGAAAACUUAAUUUUGGUGAGGUAUUUGUUUGGGCUUUUGUUUUGAUACACAUGUUUUCAAAUACCCUAUCAAAUGUUAUUAUUCUAUAAUCAAUGUACUCCCAUCAGAAUGCUUACGAAAUAAAUUGUUAAUUCGUUCAUAGUUUACCCUUUAAAAUAUUUGUUAUGCCACCAAUACACCUUUAUAUCAAACCACAAUUAAUUUGACUUAUGUUUGCCAAACUCGCAACGAUGAAAGUCUUCAAGAAGUGUUAAGUUUAAAAAAGUUUCUUUGAUUUUAAAUAGGAUAAUACCUAUUAUGUCGUCAAUGAUUUUAAAUCUAAAUAAAUAAAUAGAGACUCUUAGAACCAAAGUGGCCUAACUAAAAAGAAA